AUGGCAGCUGCCCAAGAGCAGGGAUUUCUGUUGUGGUCACUAUUGCGCACCCCACCCCCUCCCCAGGCCCUGGACGAUUGGGACAAGGCCAGCUUCUGGGACAAGGCCAGCUUCGGGGACUUGCCCGAAAUACCUACCCUGCGCCUGUCCCUGCCAGGACGGGUACUCUCCAGAGGUCUGCUCCGGGGUCCCCGCGAGCGGCUGCGAUGUACCCCCCCGCCCCGCCGCGCCUCGCAGUGUAUACUCACCUGCGCCUCCUUAGCCGCCGCCCGGCUCGCCCAGCUCGGCCCUCCGCAAACUCUGGCCCGGGCCUCUCCCGCAGCCACCGCCAGGGGGCGGGGCCGGCACCGCAUCUGGCCAAUCAGAAGCGGCCGCUCGGCGCUCGCGGCCAAUCCACUCCACGCCGCCCCGCUUCGGGUGGAACCCGAAGGAAACAUUCCAGAGGGAUCCCUGAGCUUCACUCGAUUCUUCACCACACCUCCCCCGCGCCGCGGAGCGUUGGACCUUCCCGCCCCUCCUAAGCCGCGGCGGGCUGUACCACCGCGAGGCUGCGGAAGGGGGAGCUGA